UUCUGAUUGGUUUGCUGGCGUCAGGGGGCGGGGCGAGAGGCAUGCUUAUAACUGGGGUGACACGGCAGUAACGUACAUCAUGUUUGGUUAUAUGUGUGUGUGUACCUAGGCAAGUGUAGAAAGGUUCACCAUGGUUGUACUUAUCGAGAGUUUGGAUGAGUUCAUGGCAGCCCUGAAAAAUGCAGGGGACAAAUUAGUGGUAGUGGACUUCACAGCCUCCUGGUGCGGCCCCUGCCAAAAGAUUGGCCCCAUCUUUAAAACUCUGUCAGAAAACCCAGAGUAUAAGGAUGUGGUUUUUCUGAAGGUAGAUGUGGACGAAGCACAGGAUGUAGCCAGUCACUGUGCUAUCAGCUGCAUGCCAACUUUCCACUUCUACAAGAAAGAGCAAAAGAUUCAUUCCUUUUCUGGGGCCAGCCAAGAAACACUGGAACAGAAGCUCAAUGAACUUAAAUGAACACAUACAAACACACCAUGCAUAUUAGGUUUUAACUCUCCCUUAUAGGAGGCUCUACUGCAAGCUUAUCAUUCUAUAUAUCUUGUACAAAAUUAUGGACGUUUUUUACUGGUUACCAAAAGGGGCUUAUGUUAUUUACUUGUUUUAAUAUGAUGAAUUCUAAAUAAAUAAAUAAAUAAAUGUCUUAAACUGCGUAACA